AUUUCUCAGAUUGACAUAGAGAAAAUUCAGCUGACAGCUCUUCGAUGUGUUAUUGACCUGCUCCAUCUGUAUGGGCUGGAAGAGUUCACUGAUGCAGCAGAAGAUAUUGUAGAUGCUGCAAUAGUGAAGUCACCAAGAGCCAAAGAUAAGGAAAACGAAGAGUAUGAUGGAGAAGGAGGUGCCAUCAUAUCUGCUCUCUGUCAAAUGAUGGAUAGAGACAGUGUUGAUGUGCGAACUCUUGCAGCUGAGGGACUUUGCAAACUGUUGCUAUCUUGUCGUAUCACUUCUUCCAAGCUGCUCUCUCAUCUCAUCCUUAUGUGGUAUAAUCCAGUAACAGAGGAUGAUGAUUUCUUGCGGCACAUGCUUGGUGUCUUUUUCCCCUUAUAUGCCUCUUAUGGAGGAAGUAACCAGGAGAGUUUGUGUGAAGCUGUACUUCCAACUUUGCACACACUUUUUAAAGCCCCUUCACGCUCACCACUCAGAGAUGUUGAUGUGGAUGAUGUGGCAAACUUCUUAGUGUCUAUCACCAGUCCCUCAAUUGUCAUGGAAAAUAUAGGAGUAGAUAAAACUAACACUCAUGAUACGCUGGUGUUCACGUUAUGCACAGAGAUUAUGCAAGUACCACAAAGCUCCUGGACAAAAGUACUUGUUCGUUGCCUAAACCAUCUGCAACUGACACCAGGGAACUUCACUACCUUAAGACAAGUUGCUGUGCUAGCUACUAAGCUGUUAAAGGAAGUGAAAGAGAAAGCCGUGGUGAGUGCCAUUGAACGCUUCAGUGGAUCCAUUCAGCAUCUCUUAAAAGAUGCCCCUGAACCUGACCCUGAGCCUGAACUUCAGGAAGAGAAUAACAAAGAUAAAACAGCAUUAGGAGUUCAUGAAUUGAAUUAUACACAAGGACAACUGAGACGUGCUCAGGCCACAUGUGGACGCAUCUCGAACGAGUCGCAUUGGGUCCACAUCCCUUUAUCAGAAAUUCUGAAGUUUAAAAAGUUUCGAAAACCGAAGUUUUUUUUUGUGGAGUGUCAGUCAUCUCAGUGCUGGGUCACACCGCCAUGUGAUGGCAUUGAGAAUCAUUCUGAAAUUCGAAAGUCUGAAAUUCGAAACAGUACAGGUCCCAAGGGUUUCAGAUAA